GGGAUACGAACCAUGAUCAAUACACAAGACAUGCAAGGCCAAACUCUUCUAUAUAAUGCAACUCCUUUGGUGGACCGCUCCACAUAGCCUAAUGUAGAUCGACGCUGGCGUCCAUCCGGUUUCUGCUAGUGUUGCGCCUGAAGCGGCUAGGGCGUUCGGACUUCCUCCUCACCAGCCGUUCGCCGGCCAAUCGCCCAACAGCCUCCGGCAAUCUUUCAUAGUCGAGCUGCUUCUCCUCUCUCUGUCAGCCUUUACGCCAGCCAGCCUGUGCAGCAGCAGCAGCAGCAGCAGCAACGACAAGCCAAGGCCCAACCACAGGACCACCAUGGACGUCCUACGACACAUUCUCGAGCGUGAGCCUCAAGGUGGACCGAACGGCGGCAACAAUGCCCAGCAGAGUGCGGCUUCAGCAGCGCGAGCCAGCUUCGUCAGCUCGCAGAGUGCAGCCAGCGUGGCCAGUGUUGCGUCGGUCGCAUCAGUAAGCGCCGCCUCGGUCGCGAGCGUAUCAUCGGAGAGCGCAGCCAGUGCGGCGAGUGUCGCCAGCGUUCAGUCGGCGGACAGCGCUGCCUCCGUUGCGUCGGCAGCUUCGGCAGCAUCGGCAGCAUCUGUUGCUUCCGCGGCGACGGCGGCCGCGACAUCGACGACCGAUGCCUCAAGCCUGUCGACCAGCAUCGCUCUGGCAGCGAGCACCACGGCCACCCUAACCACACCGACAUCGACCAGCAGCACAAUCAGUUCGAGCUCCAGCUCGACGUCCUCUCCCUCUCCGACAACCUCCAGUCUCUCGACGAGCAGCAUUGUCUCGACCUCGUCUCCCUCCUCGAUUCCCUCCUCAUCCGCCCUGGCACUGUCGAGUUCACCGUCUUCGAGCAGUCAGACCACAUUCAGCACCUCGAAGACUUCUUCUCUCGCUCUUGCCGCAGCGCCAUUGUCAUCCUCGCAAGCUUCCCUCUCAACGAGCUCAACCCGCUCCUCCACCCUUGCCGCAGCAUCAGAAGGCAACACCCUCCUUCCUCUCACCAACAACGCUCACCACGGCGCCGGUAUCUCGUCUGGUGCACUCGCGGCCGCCGUUCUGGUCCCAAUCCUCUUCGCAGUCUUCGCACUCGUACUUGGCCUCUUCUGCCUUCGCCGAAGGAGUCGUGAGGCUCGCAACACCAACGCACUGCCCAUGACCGAGAAGGCUGCUGUCGGCGGUGCCGCCGCAGGAGGCGCCGCCGGUCUUGCUCUGACCAGCGACCGCAACCGAACCUACAUGACCGGCCUCGACACCUCCUCGCAAGGCUCCCAACGCGACCAAAGCGGCGAGUUCUACCAGCCACCACCUCCCUACAAGGCCAAGGCUCUUUCUUCCACGGGAGGCAGCGCCCUCGGCCAAUCACCAUCCAUGCCCGAAAUCCCCGCCGCAGCCUCUCUAGGCGUGCACCCAGCAAUGCGCGAACAAGCCGACAACGUUUCCCCAUUCGCUGACCCUGUCCCCGAGGCCGCCGCAGCUGGUGCCGGAGCCGGAGCCAUAGGCCAAGCCCACCUCGGCCUCCCCACCGACCGCCCCACGACCUCACGCUCGCACAGCUUCCGCUCAGUCGACAGCGACGCCUACUCCGACACCGCCAGCGUGCACUCAGCCCGAGCAGCCCGUCGCAGCGUCGGUCCACAGAUCUUGGGCGCCGGCGUGGCCACGGAUCCCUUCCAAGAUCCGGAAGGCACCGGUUCCGAUGCCAACGAGGAACGACGACCAGUCAGUCCCAUCACCAGCGAAUACAAUGCUCGUGCCUCAAGCCAAGCGGCGCCUGAAGGCGAGAACGAGGUCUUCCGCCGGCAAAUGCACUUUGUUGACCCGCGGUCUGCCACUAGGUGGUAUUAGGUCCGGUUUAAGGCAACCGCGGAGGAGAUGGAAGCUCGUUAGCGUAUAGAUGGUUCACGGGAAGCAGUCAAUGGAAUGAGAAUGACGACUUACCUUUUCUUUUCGAAUGACGGGGGUAUUACUGUGUCGAUGUCAAGAAGUAUAUGUAGCACGACUUGUCUGUCCGCCAACCCGUCGUGUUUUGAGCAGGACUUUAUACAUGGCUGGCAUCGAGCGCUUUUGGGGCGCCGGCGUAUGCAGAGACGGCUGACAGGUUUCGGUCGGCGAACGAAGGACGG